GCCCGCUGGUAAAAGUUAUGGACCAAAUCAAGUGUGAAGUCACAGCAAGCGACAAACUCCUCCAUUUGCUCCUGAACGAUGCCUUAAGAGGAAACAAUAGGACAGUCCUCAUCUACUGCAUCCACCCUCAAAGUCUUCUACCUGAUGAAACCACCUCUGCUUUAGCUUUGGCCCAGAAAGCAAGAAAUUUUGUAACAACAGCCACCACCAAUCGCUGGUGUCAAGAGGCAACUGAGCAAGAGAUCAGAGACAGCAUCAUGGAGCUAAGGACCAGGAUUAUGUCACAGGGGGGAAAUGAAGUUUACGACAUCUACAGGCUGGCAGAGCUGACCCAAAACCUGCAGAUUGUGAAAAAUCAGUCAUGGGAGAAGAGGAGGGAAGAGUCAAAGAAAAUAAAAGGCAAAACACAGGGUCAUCGGCCCCCAAAUAGCGACUGGCUCAGCAGUGAUCACAGGGAGAGUACAGACACAAUGAAAUAUUUACAAGACCAGCUGAAACAAGAAAUGGAAGAACACAUCCAAGAGGGUAAAGGGAAUGUGGAGAAAGUCCAGGAGAGUGUAGCAAGAAUGCAGCAGCUGAGGGAGGAUCUCAGAGAGGAGAUACUGAAAAAAGGGACUGCUGCAAACAAGUCUGACCUCUGUCAGCAAUCUCAGCUGGAAUACGACAAAGCGCAGGAACGGAGAAGGCAACUAAAGGAGGACCACGGGAGAUUAAUUCAAGAGGAGGUGGAGAAGAUGGAGAGAGACUUGGCACAGGAACUGACAGAAGGCCUGCAGAGAGAGCUGCUGGUGCUGACCAGAGAGAGGCAGGUCCUGGUGCUGCAGAUAGAGGCCCUGCGUGCUGAGGCCCAGCAGGCUGAGAGAGACCUGCAGAAUCAAUAUCUCAGACACCAAACAGAGCUGCAUUGUCUGAGAGAAGAGAGCCUGCAGGUGUUCAGAGUGUUUCGCCAGGCAAGUGAAGAGCAGAGGAAGAUGUCAGAGGGCAGAUACAGAAGUGUGCUGCUGGAGGCUGUGCAGGACGCCGUCUACCUGUCCGCCCAGAAUCAGCAGCUGCAGUCCGACAACAAACAACUCCGUAAAGCACUGGGAGAGUUACAGGAUACUUUAGUUGUGCGAGGUGAUCCUAAAGCUGAACUGUUAUCCCAACAAUAA